AUGCAACCCUUCCCCAACCCAAGAUUACCUUUCCUUUCCUCAACAACACCUUCUACCUAUCAUACCGCUAUAUCAAAACCAGCUAUCAUUACUGAAAAUGAAGGAUUUCUGCUCUCUAUUCACGCUCGCUUCACUCCUGCUGGUCGCUACAGCUAGUAAUGUCAUCGAUUUAACUCCCGAUAACUUCGACAAAGAGAUUCUGCAGAAUGGAAGGCCGGCAUUGGUCGAGUUUUUUGCUCCGUGGUGCGGACACUGCAAGAGUCUUGCCCCCGUCUAUGAGGAGCUUGCGGAUUCGCUUGCUAGUCAGAAGGACAAAGUUGCGAUUGCUAAGGUCGAUGCCGAUAAUCACAAGGCACUCGGAAAACGGUUUGGUGUCUCCGGCUUCCCAACGUUGAAAUGGUUUGACGGGAAGUCUGCCGAUCCUAUUCCAUAUGAAUCCGGUCGGGACUUGGAAGCACUUCAAGCGUUCCUUAAGGAGAAAGUUGGCGGGUUGAAGCUUAAGGCUAAACGUGAAGCGCCAAGCAAUGUUAUUGUGCUUAGUGACGCCAACUUCGAUAAGAUUGUUCAUGAUGAGAAGAAGGAUGUCUUGGUUGAGUUCUAUGCGCCAUGGUGCGGUCACUGCAAAAACCUUGCUCCGAUAUACGAGAAGCUUGCUAAGAACUUCGCCUCCGAGACUAACGUUGUGGUUGCUAAACUUGACGCCGACUCUCCUGGUGGGAAGGCCUCUGCUGAGAAGUAUGGCAUCACCGGGUUCCCUACUCUAAAGUGGUUCCCUAAGGGGUCUUCUGCCAAGGAACCCAUACUCUAUGAGUCUGCAAGGUCCGAGGAGGCAUUGACCCAGUUCAUCAACAAGCAUGCCGGUACCCACCGUGUUGUUGGUGGAGGUGUUGAUGAUGCGGCAGGAAGAAUUGCUUCCUUGGACACCAUUGUCCAGAAACUUAUUUCGGGGGAGAAAGAUGCCGAGAAGGAGUUGGCAAAGGCUGCCGAGGAGAAUGCAGAUUAUCCCAAGAAGGAGAUCAAGAGGUUGGAGGGAAUUGCCGCCAAGGGUGGUUUGGCCCCAGAGAAGUUGGAUGACAUCCUAAGCCGUAAGAACAUCCUCACACAGUUUCUCUCCAAGGAGAAUGAAGGGGAGAGGGAAGAAGUCAAAGAAGAGCUGUGAAUUAAUGAUGUCUCGAUUUCAGUUUAUCUAAGGUUGGCUCUACGCCUUAUUUUUCCUGG